CACUGCCCCGCACUCUCACUUAACCUCCACACAGUGCCGGACGGGAACCAAAACUAAAAGUAGUUUUUUUUAUUUUGAAGUAGACCCCCCCCCUCCCCCCAUCGUGCUCGCUAUCACCCCUGACGACGACGCCGACGCCUUUUAUUCGACUUUCAGCGCAAACAGAGGAGUUUACCCAAGUACCCGCGGCCGCUCCAGCGAUGGUGACUUUACGCACGGGAUCUGAAGGCUGCUCCAACUGACCGCUCUUGUUUUUCUCCUCCUCGCUGAGACUCUUCUUCAUCGCCUGCAACGACCUCCGAGUUUGUGUGUUUGUUUUUUUGUUUUUUGUUUUUUGUGCCGGAAAACAACGCAGCGAAGGCCGAGUCAGUGAACGCAGGUAACGUUCAUGCAUUUUAAAGCCAUCUGCAAGUGAGAAGAGGGUGUCGGAGUUGAAGUCUCUUGUUCCUAAUGAUGUCUUCCAUACGAGCAACACCUCCCUUUCACCCACAGUCUGAGGAGGAGGAAGCGAUGGGUCACGACCACGCGGCCACGUGGACCAGCGAGGAGCGGGAGGGCCCGAAGGAGACGCCGCCCCCCCACCCGGACGAGCUGCAGCCAAUCAGGGAGAAGCUGGCGGACUCGGCGUGGGGCGGCGUGGUGCCGGCUGCGAUGGACAACGAGAGCAGCAAAGGCGGCUCGCUCUACUCCUACCGGACCAACUCCACCUCUCCGCCCAAGCCGGAGGAGGGCUCCAGGGAGCGCGGGGAGCCCAUGGCCGGCCUCGUCUUCGGCACGCCGGAGCGCCGCAAGGGAAGCCUGGCGGACGUGGUGGACACGCUGAAGCAGAAGAAGCUGGUGGAGCUGACCAAGACGGAACAAGACGGUAGGCCUCGGUCUCCCGCCCGGGUUGUGUGUUUGUAUGUUUAAUUAUGAUUUAACUGCAGUGACAGAUGCAGCUGCUGAAGUGAGGCUCCUCCUCCAAAAAACGGGAAAGUAUGAAGUGGUGAACCAGACUGGUUUUGGUUGGAAUGGUUUGAACCUCGUUGAGCCUUUUUAAGGGGACGGCGAGGUCCUCACUCGAUGUCAGUGGCUUGGGGGUGAAUGUGUGACACGAGGCGCUGGUCCUGCAGCGGAAUUAACCUGAAGUUCUACUAGUUCAAGAUGUUCCUAAGGAAACACUCCCCUUCAGCGGUACAGAAAACAGGCGAAAUGAAAGCGGUUUAAUGAAUAAAUAAUCACACAAUUCUUUGUCCCCGGAGUCGAGGCGGCGGGAGUGUGUUCCCUCACCUUCGUCCUCCUCCACUCCUCCCAUGAAGGGCCCUCACCUCUGCUCCGCUUUCCCUUCCCCCCCCCCCCCCGACGCGUCCCUCUCCGGGAGGAUCUUUGAACGUCUGAAAUUACAAGUGACGGGGUCCUCCUGCUCGUCAGAUCACAAUAUCAAUCGGU